AUGCCGCGCCUAUACCACCGUACGCAGCUUGGUCUGCCGAUCAAGAGAGCGAUUUGCGAGCACCACGUCGAAAACCCUCAUCUGCACCAUGUUGACCUCGCCCGGUGGUGCUUCACCAGGUUCGGAAUCCGCCCCGACCGCUGCAUUAUUGGUCGCGUUCUUAAGGGCGCCGACCGUUGGGUGCGCCCUGAUGCCGACGCCGACAAAAUUCGCGUCCGUGGGGGAGCUUACCCGGUGCUCGAGCGCGCCAUCAGCUGGGUUUGUCGCGCGCUGCGCCGCCGUCAGGACGUUUGGUGCAUGAGCGCGGUCGGCAAGGCGGCCGACCAGGAUAUGAAUGCUCUGCGAACGACCAAAGAGAAGCUGCCGCGGCUGUUGAUGCACCUGGCCGUGACUCCCGCCAACACUUUUAAUUUCGAUGAAACGGCGCUGCACAUUUCGAUCCUGGCGCGGAAGACCUACGGGAGCGUGCGCACGGCCGGCCGCAAAAUCGCCAAGCAGCGCUUGACCGUCGGCUUCCUUGUCAACGACGACGGUACCCGAGUCUUCAAGCCCCUAGUCAUCUCUAAGUCUAAGCGACCCCACGACUUCCGCCCCGAUUACAACCCCGAGGAGUACUGCUACUGGCACCACAAUGCCAAGGGGUGGAUGACUAGCAAUUUGCUCAAACAUUUCAUCAAGCAACUCGACACUGCUAUGUACGUCGAGGGCAAGAAGAUAGUGGUGCUUCUGGACAAUGCAAGCAACCGCACCCUCAAGACCGAAGGCGCAACCAGGGAGGACAUGUUCGGCUUUUGCACGGUGGCGCUCGGAAACGUUCGGCUCGAGUACCUGCCGCCGAACACGACCUACUUCACCCAGCCCCUUGACCAGGGGCUUAUUUCCAUGGCGAAGGCGCGGUACCGCCAGCACUGGCUCCGCGCCUUCACCGGCAUGUGGACGGCCGAUGGUGCCACAUCUGCGGUGGCUCGCUUCAAGCCCAACAUGCGGGCUGUGGUUGAGUGGUUGAACGACGCGUGGAUGAACCUUCCCCCGCGCGCCAUUCAGCGCUGUUGGUGGCACACAGGAUGCCUCCCGCGCGUCUGGGCCCUCUCACUCCCUCACGUGGAAACCGGCCCCCGCAACAACGGUGGCACGGUGGUUGAUGGAGCGGAUGGGACCGAGAUCGGCCUGGAUGAGGAGGUUAACGACGUUGGCCUCCUCAUCGACUGGCUCUGCCUCGGUCCAAGCGCGAUGGCAGCCGAGGCUUUUGUAGGGAUUGAUGACAAUCAGCCCACGUGCGCCGAACCCAGCGAGGAUCCGCUUGCGAGGGAGCCGUUGCCCCGCGAUGCUGCUACGGCCCGCCGCCAGGAGCUCAUUGAGGCCGGUGCACCCGCCGUCAUGAGCGGGUACCUGGUUGCCGCAGAGUGGAUGCGGGUGUGA